GGAAGGGCCGGGACGCGCCGCCCGCUGGGUUCCUGCCGGAGCCGCGCGGAGCAGGAGCGGGAUGGGGAAUGUUUGCAUGGGGCCGGCGGCAGCGGGGCUGCCCCCAGAGUGGGAGCGCUGCCCGGAGGGCUCUGCCGGCGCUCAUGGGGAGCGGGACCUUUCCUUCUGUCCUUCUGUGCUUCCUUCUGGAGGAGGAAGGGAAUGGGGGAGGUGUGCGGCGAAGGAUGGCGGCGGCCGAGGAGGAAAUGGAUUUGCACGAAAAUCCAGCGCACCUCGCCCAGGGGAAACCCCCCCGCAGCCCCGGGCGCGGCCGCGGGACAGGAAAGCGGGGAAAGUCCCCGGCGUGUAACUGGAGGGCAGGAGAAGGCAGGGCAGCAAAUGAGUUGGGUUCCCGGAGAUGCAGCUAGGCUUAAAGGGACUUCUUUUGUAUGCCAUUGGGUUGUUUCUACGUGCCUUGCCCUUUGGUCUCGAUGGUUGAGAUGGAAACGCAUCCAGGGAAAGAUGAUGUGAGACUCCAGUGCAACCUAGUGGAUACCUGAUUUUUGACUCCUUUGAAGCAAUUCAUCUUCACGACAUUAAAGACAGGCCAUGUCCAGCUGGAUAGCAGACCUAUAUUAGCCACCACAGAUGGAAAUAAGAACAUCACAGAAGUAGAUGCAUUGAAUAUAAGAACAUCACUUGAUUCUGCAGUGGAAUACAAAAUGAAUCAUCAAAGAAGAGGAGUUGCAUUAAUCUUCAAUCACGAGCACUUUUUAUGGCGUUUAAUGCUGAAAGACAGACGUGGGACUUUGGCAGACGGAAAUAAUCUGAAACGCAGUUUGACAGACCUUGGGUUUGAAGUCAAACUUUUUGAUGAUCUGAAAGCAGAAGAUGUGCGGCAGAAAAUUUAUGAAGCCUCUAAGGAUGACCAUAGCAAUGCUGACUGCUUUGUGUGUGUGUUCCUGAGUCACGGUGAAGAUGAUCACAUUUAUGCAUAUGAUGACAAAAUCAAAAUUCAGACAAUCACAGACAUGUUCAGAGGAGACAAGUGCCAGAGUUUGGUAGGAAAACCAAAGAUAUUUAUCAUUCAGGCCUGUCGAGGUGAUAAACAUGAUGAUGCAGUCAUUGCUCAUGAUUCAACAGACAGCAGCAGUGAAUCUCUUGUCAAUGAGACUGAAGUGGAUGCAGCUGGUGUCAAUACUCUGCCUGCUGGUGCGGACUUUAUCAUGUGCUACUCUGUGGCGCAAGGCUACUAUUCUCAUCGUGACAUUGUAAAUGGCUCUUGGUACAUCCAAGAUUUGUGCGAGACUCUUAGGAAGCACAGAUCUUCCUUGGAGUUCACAGAACUUCUUACUGUUGUUAACAGGAAAGUAUCGGAUCGCAAAGUGUAUGUGUUCAACAAGACUAAUGCUGUAGAGAAAAAACAGAUUCCUUGUUUUACCUCAAUGUUAACUAAAAAAUUGUAUUUUCAUCCAAAAUUUAAGUAGAUUAUUUAGCAGUGAUGACUAGUACUCUUACUUGUUGCAAAAGUAAAGAAUACCAUCUUAGUUGAGGAGACUUAAUAUUCUAUAAGAUCGAACAUUACAGUUUGUAUACCUAACAGUUUCUAAAAUCUUAAAGCGGUUUUAAAGCUAGAAUUAAACCAGGGAAUUAAGCUCAGGUAAUUUGGGAAAACUUGAGUGGUGCCAAACUAUUGGAAGGUGCUCAGAUUUUAUUGAAAUUGAUGCUCCAAACUAUUUUUUCUUAAAAGCUUCUUGCUUGAUUGCCAUCUAAUUAUGGCACAUUUUACUAUUUCCGAAACAUUUCUAAUGUUCCAUUAGAAUAACCUGUCUUGCUCCCAAGAGCACAGUUUACAGGGAAUAUAGUAUGUAGGGCAUCUUUUAAAAUUUGUGGACAGCAGAAUCCACAACUUCUGUAGCUUUAUUGGGCUUUUUGGGCAUUUUUAAAUUUUCUUGCAACACUAAAAAGGAAAUUAAUGCGUUGAGUACUGUUGUAGCAUUAAUAUAGGAUUAACCAAAUAGGGUUGAUUAAUAAAGGGUUUUCUUUUGCUUGAAUGUAACUUAUGCUUGGGGCACAAUUACAGCUUUGCAUCCUCAGGAGAAAAACAGCAGUAGUGAGAUGAGACCAUAUGCUGCUUGCUCAGGGUGAGCUUGCCUUGUCCGCAUCUCUAAAGCUAAAGCUGCUGGACAUCUCUAGGCAGCUCUACAAAAUAUAACAUAUGCAAACCUCCAUACUUCAGGCCUUUGAGUUGGAUCAGGCCUCCUCUUGGCCUUGAAGAAGAUCAGCCAUACCUCUGUCAUUGGGUACAUAAAACUGAAAGUGCAUGGUCACUACAGGAUUGUUACUGCUGCAGCAUCAGUAAUUGCAGUGGUGCUGACUUGAAGCAAAUCCUUAUUUUCUUUGUUUUCUGGUUGGUGUUUUUUAAACAUUAUUAGUUGUUCCUCUGAGGGACAAGAGAGAACUCAAAUUGAGCAAAGUGUUUUAAUCCACUUUCCUGAGGGGAAAAAAAAUUAGUUUACUGUCUCUGCUUUAGUUAAGUCUUUCCAUAUACUAUGUUCUGAGCCAUAAAUGUUGGAUCUUACUACACCUACUUUUAAACUUUGUAUAAAUCAUGUAUGUUUGAAUGUUUUGAUAAAUUCUUUCAAUAAAAUGCAACAGUGAAACAUAAAUGAUUUUAUAGCAAGUUUGAGAUACCUUACUUUUCCAGCACUAUUUACUAAGAAAGCUUAGGUGUCAUGCUAAUCUAAACUUACCUGUGGUGUUAGGAAGAGUCAAUGCACAGACCAGGGAAAUGCAAGCAGUAAUUGUGGGGAAAAAAAAUCCUCACUACUCCAUGCAGAAGUUAAUUAUCCUAUGAGCUACUGCUGUGUUACAGUAAAUGGUACUAAAAAGGCUAUCCUUGUUUGUUCUGUCAUUUUACCAGCAGUAAGAAUGCCUCCAUUGUACUAAUGAGAUGUGACAAAUAUUUUGAAGAACUUUGCUUCAGCAGUUUCUUCAUAGGGUUAAAA